UUAGAAAGGUCAACACGUGUUGACCUACUCAGAGAUAUGGCCACUGCACAGGAGCUCGAGCUGGAGAAAGAUGGAGUUUCUAGUGGAAAGACAAGCUCUCAGCCUUCACAGUCUCACUUCACAAAACAGCCGGGAAAGAAAUGUCGGGUCUGCACUGACUUCAAGACAUGGACAAAAAGGAACCCUGUAAAGCAAGCCGCCAAGAAAGAGCGUGAUGAUUACAGGGGUUGCCCGGUGGACAGGGAGGAGCUUGGUAGAGCUACGUGGACUUUCUUGCACACAAUGGCAGCGUAUUACCCCGACCAUCCCUCGGGAGAACAGAAGAAGGAAAUGACGCAGUUCAUCGAUCUCUUCUCUCGUUUCUACCCGUGUGAGGACUGUGCUGAGCAUCUACAGAAGAGACUGGGAGUGGAUCCUCCUGACGUCAAGGACAGAGUGAGAUUCUCGAGAUGGAUGUGUGGGAUGCAUAAUGACGUUAACAAACGAUUAGGCAAAAGAACGUUUGAUUGCUCCAAGAUUGAUGAACGAUGGUUGGAUGGCUGGAAAGAUGGAUCAUGUGACUGAUUUUUAUAUCUGUACGUGAGAGUUUCGAUAUUAGAUAUUAGAGUUGAUGUAAUUUAUUCAUGUUUCAGCUUUCAGCUUUCAGGAAAGAAUUUUGUUUUUUAAUUAAAAAUUAGCACAAUGAA